GGAGCUUUCAUGACAGUCAUCUGACUCAAAUGUUGCCUCCUGUCAUGUGCUAACUGUAAACACUUGGGGAGGCACAAUUAUUGGAUUGAAAACGUUUAAAGAAGUUUAUUUAGACUACCAGAGGAGAUGGGUAUUAUUAUCUCCGAGGAUAAUUUGUGGCUAACGCAGCUGGCUAAUUAAUUUUAUGCUCUUCUGCUGUCUCUUUUGAAUUGUGACUGUUGGGAGAAUAGAGGAAUAAACAUGCCUCAGGCAGCAGCUACCAUCAGUGGGAUCCAGAGGAUGGUUCUCUAUGAGACCAGAGCCAGGUAUUUUUUGGUGGGGAGCAAUCAGGCACAGACCAAACACAGAGUCCUGAAAAUUGACCGCACAGAACCCAAGGACCUGGUCAUAAUUGACGAUAAGCAUGUGUACACCCAGCAAGAGGUUCGGGAGUUGCUGAGCCGCCUGGACCUGGGCAACCGCACCAAGAUUGGCCAGAAGGGUUCCUCAGGCCUGUCCAGGGCUGUCUCAGCCUUUGGCAUUGUGGGGUUUGUACGUUUUCUGGAGGGUUACUACAUUGUGUUGAUCACCAAGCGCAGAAAGAUGGCUGACAUUGGGGGCCACUCCAUCUACAAAAUUGAAGACACCAGCAUGAUCUACAUCCCCAACGACUCAGUCAGGGUUACACACCCGGAUGAAGCAAGAUAUGUGCGGAUCUUCCAGAAUGUGGAUCUGUCCAGCAACUUCUACUUCAGCUACAGCUAUGACCUGAGCCACUCGCUGCAGUACAAUCUGACUUUGCUGCAAAGGCCUUACGACCUGUGGUUGUCACCAAAUGCUGCCGCUGAGGAAGAGGUGCACACGCAGAGCAAGCAGGACUGCUUCGACAUCUUUGAAGACGAGGGUCUACCGACGCAAGUGGUUUAUGGCCUCCAGAACGAGCCGUACUACAAGUACGUGUGGAACGGGAAGCUGCUGGAGCGAGUCAAGGACAUAGUGCAUCAUGACUGGCUCAUGUAUAUAAUCCACGGCUUUUGUGGCCAGUCCAAGCUUCUUAUCUAUGGCCGACCAGUUCACAUAACCCUCAUCGCCAGGCGCUCCAGCAAAUUCGCCGGGACCCGCUUCCUGAAAAGAGGAGCCAACUGCGAGGGGGACGUGGCUAAUGAGGUCGAGACAGAGCAGAUCGUCCAUGACGCCUCGGUUAUGUCUUUCACAGCAGGAAGUUACUCCUCGUACGUCCAGGUGCGAGGUUCAGUGCCGCUCUACUGGUCCCAGGACAUUUCCACCAUGAUGCCAAAACCCCCAAUACGAUUGGACCAGGCUGACCCAUACGCCCACGUAGCGGCCCUCCAUUUUGACCAGAUGCUGCAGCGGUUUGGCUCUCCCAUCAUCAUCCUUAACCUGGUCAAGAAACGAGAAAAGAGGAAACACGAGAAGAUCCUGAGUGAGGAGCUCUACCCAGCUGUGAUCAACCUCAAUCAGUUCCUGCCUCCAGAAAACUGGAUCGACUACAUCGCCUGGGACAUGGCCCGCUACACCAAGAGUAAGUUGUGCAACGUUCUGGACCGUCUGAGUAUGAUCGCAGAGAACGUGGUUAAGCGAACAGGAUUCUUCAUUAACCGCUCCGACUUCUACUGUCACACCAUCAGACCAGAUGACAGGUGGGGAGAUUUAGGUGGACACAUCACAGCCAGCGGACGGGUGCAGACUGGUGUGCUGCGGACCAACUGUGUGGACUGUCUGGACCGGACCAACACCGCCCAGUUCAUGGUGGGGAAGUGUGCGCUGGCCUAUCAGCUUUAUGCACUGGGAAUGAUCGACAAACCCAAACUCCAGUUUGAUACCGACUGUGUGAGGUUAUUCGAGGAGCUGUAUGAGGACCAUGGAGACACUCUGUCGCUGCAGUACGGCGGCUCCCAGCUGGUCCACAGGGUCAAGACCUACCGCAAGAUUGCCCCCUGGACGCAACACUCCAAAGACAUCAUGCAGACACUGUCACGUUACUACAGCAACGCUUUCUCAGAUGCUGACAGACAGGACGCCAUCAAUCUGUUUCUCCAAGUCUACCAGCCAUCAGAGUCCAAGCCUCACCUGUGGGAGCUGCCCACUGACUUCUACCUGCAUCAGAGGAACACCAUGGCCCUCCCUCAGGACAGACGGAGCUACACACUGUGGUGGUCAGCAGGAAUCUUGUCCUACCUCCCAGUGCCCUAUGAUGAAGUCUCAUGUGAGGAGACCAUGAAGAAGGUCAAAGUGAAGAGAGUGAACCGUUUUGAGGAGAGCAUUGACAUCUACACAGAAUUCUUCAAACCUUAUGAACUUACCUCCUUUGAUGACACAUUCUGCAUCGCCAUGACCAACUCUGCAAGGGAAUUUAUGCCCAAGACUGUCGGAGUGGAUCCAAGCCCGUUCACAGUCCGCAAGCCAGAGGAAACAGGGAAAUCAGUGCUGGGCAACAAGACCAGUAAGGAGGAGACGCUGCUCCAGAGGAAGACUGCAGCCAGCGCACCUCCUCCCCCGAGCGAGGAGGCCAUCAGCAGCACAUCAGAGGACGACUCCGAGGAGGACCGCGAUGACGACGGGUCUGUGUCCCAGCGCUCCACACCGAUCAAACUGCUAAUGGAGUCUGGCGAGAGCACUCGCACACAGGAGGAGAUCCAGCAGCAGCAGUCAGUGAAGGAGCCCUACGGACUCAAUCUGGCUGAGUUACCCGAAGACAAAGACCUGCGCAUUUAUGAAAGGUUCGCACGUCUGGGCGAGAGCCAGCACAGGGUGGAAAGAACAGAACACAUAAACCUGGCAAACAUCAUCUGCUUAGAGCCGGUGUCCUGCUUCCCGGAGGACAGCAUCUAUGGCGUUUCUCCCCCGCAGGUGGACAGAGACAGCCGCGAUGAGUUUGAGAGCCAUGUGACGACGGGUCAGGGCCAGGUGAGGGUGCUGUGCAGGGAGGACAUGCUGAUGUACAGGGAGUACGUCAAGAACAGAUACAUGUGAGACGCACACAACAAGGACCUGAUUUCUUGAACCAGUAUGCAAAUCCAGAUGAUCUGAUUCAAUCAAUGAAUCUGAUGUUUGGAGCAAGAGAUGUUUCCUUGCAUGUGUAAAUCCAUUUUGCUUUUCUGUUCAGAGUAGACCACAGUCCAGUAGCCCAUAGUGAAGAUAACAGUGCAUAUACAGCCCAUGUGUCCUGUAGUAGGACUAAACUGUGUGGGUUAAUUUUUCUUUUUAAUGAAAGUCAUUUCUGUGUUUUAAUAGCUUCAAAUGUUAUCCAGUUGUGUCAGGUGUGCCUCAACAGGAUGCCUAUAUGGUGCUUUUUAUUAGCUCUUUGUAUUGUUUUCCAUCAAUUAAGUUUUAGUAGCAUUUCUUUUAAGAAGGGUUAUUUAACUGUAUGUAUGUUUGGAACAUGUGAAUUGUUUUGACUCCUAAAAGGACCUUGUUUUCCCAUGUUUCUGUGUCAACGUGACUAAAGGAGACAACACUUUUUAUUAAAUGCCACAGAGGUUAAACAGGCUGCAAUAUAAUCCAUACAGGCUAUUGACCCUUUGCUAAGCCCCGCCCCUUU